GCCCGCCCGCAGAGCAGCAGCCGCAGCGGCGCGUCCAGCCAUGGCGAAGGCGAAGGAGGCGGCGGCGGCGGCGGCCGACGACUACAACUUCGUCUUCAAAGUGGUUCUGAUUGGAGAAUCUGGAGUGGGAAAAACCAAUCUGCUCUCACGCUUCACCCGCAAUGAGUUCAACCACGACAGCCGCACCACGAUUGGGGUGGAGUUCUCCACACGCACCAUCCUGGUGGGAGAUGCCCUGGUGAAGGCCCAGAUCUGGGACACGGCCGGGCUGGAGCGCUACCGGGCCAUCACAUCGGCAUACUAUCGUGGGGCGGUGGGAGCCCUCUUGGUGUUCGACAUCACCAAGCAUCAAACAUACGACGUGGUGGAGCGCUGGCUGAAGGAGCUGUAUGACCACGCAGAGGCGACCAUCGUUGUGAUGCUAGUGGGCAACAAGACGGACCUGGCCCAAGCCCGAGAGGUGCCCACGGACGAGGCCAAGAUGUAUGCUGAAAACAAUGGGCUGCUCUUUGUGGAGACGUCUGCCUUGGACUCCACCAACGUGGAACUGGCUUUCGAGACCAUUUUGAGAGACAUUUUCAAUAAAGUGCAGAAGCAGAAGCAGAAGAGCCCUCUAGACAACAAAAUUUCGCUCUCUACUGAAAAUCCCAACGCAGCAUCCUCCUCGGCAGCUGCUGAGCAGAAGAAGGCCUGCUGCAUGAACCUCUGAGGGGGCUGGGGCUGCAGCUAGACCAAUCGGCCCUGACAGAAGCCUAAAUUGCUUGCUUGCUUGCAGAGAAGUGAAGCUGAAAGUCACAGGUAGCCCUCCCCUUGCAGACAUUUCCAGGUGGUAACUUGGGAACCAGGCUGGGCUCGGCAGGCGCUUCUCGUGCCCUCCUUCGGUGCCUUCGGCGUCAGGCAGAGAGUUCUUACUUGCAAUGAUUCCUUUUGCCUGCGAGCAUCACUUGAUUCUUUUCCAGAUCUUCCACCCACAAGACAUGUGACUUUGUGGGAUGGGAGUCUCUCAUACUGUGUGUGUACAUUUAUAAAUGUGUAUAUAUUAACAUAUUUGUAAAUAAAUUGUUCUGGAUGAUG